AUGUUAGAUGGUACCAUUUCCCAGACUGGUUGCAUCUGGCACCAGGUUCAACUUGUGGCCUUGGCCAAUGGCCACUCCCAUUCCAUUCCCUUUCUUGUUUGCCCCAUAGGCAACACUUUGGCAAUCCUAGGCAUGACAUGGUUAACAGCAGAAUCCCUCCUCAUCAACUGGCAACAAGGGCUAGUUACAUUUCCAGAACAAUUCCAGGUAGCCUCUGAAGAGGAAUCAGAUCCAAACCCCCUUGCAGAUCUCCCAGAGGAAUACCAUGAGUUUGCAAAAGUCUUUGGCAAAGAGGAAUUCAAGGUCCUUCUCCCACAUAGGGAAUAUGAUAUCUCCAUAGAUCUUGUUCCUGAUGCCAAGCUAUCCCCAGGUCCCAUUUAUGGCAUGACAAAUGCAGAAUCAAAGGCCCUCAAGCAGCACAUUGAUGAGGAACUAGCCACAGGCAAAAUUUGUCCUAGCACCUCCUCAGCUGGUGCCCCAGUGAUGUUUGUCAAGAAAGCCAAUGGCUCCCUAAGACUGGUGGUAGAUUAUAGGAAACUGAAUGACAUCACCCACAAGAACAUUUACCCCCUUCCUAGGCAAGAUUACCUGAUGGCUAAACUAAGGCACACCAAGAUCUUCACCAAGUUGGACUUACACUGGGGAUAUAAUAAUGUUUGGAUCAAAGAGGGCAACAAAUGGAAAACAGCAUUUAGAACCAAAUAUGGCUUGUUUGAAUACCUGGUCAUGCCAUUUGGUCUUACCAAUGCCCUGGCAGCUUUUCAACAUUUCAUGAACAAUCUGUUCAGGGACCUGAUAGAUGUAACAGUUGCAAUAUACCUUGAUGACAUCCUGGUCUUCUUGGAGGAUCCCAAAGACCACCCUACCCACAUCCAAGAAGUACUGUCAAGACUGAUGAAGAACCAACUGUUCUGCAAACUGUUGAAGUGCCACUUUCACAUCACUACAGUGGACUACUUGGGCAUUGUCAUAUCACCAGCAGGGUUCUCCAUGGAGCAAAAGAAAAUAGAAGCCAUCACAUCAUGGCCAGAGCCCAAAACAGUCAAACAGGUCCAGGCAUUCUUAGGGUUUGUUAACUACCUUUGCCAAUUCAUCCCCAAAUUCAGCACAGUUGCCUGUCCCCUUCACAAUCAUACAAAGAAGGAUUCCCAAUGGUCAUGGGGAAACACAGAGGAAGAAGCAUUCCAAGAAUUGAAGUCCCUAGUCACCAAGAGCCCAGUAUUAGUCCAUUCCAACCCUGAUCUUCCAUACUUUCUUGAAAUGGAUGCAUUGGGAGUAGCCAUGGGGGCCAUACUAAGUCAGAGAGGCCCAGACAACUGGUUACAUCCUAUUGCCUUUAUGUCCAAGUCUUUCUCAGGGGCAGAAGCCAAUUACAACACCCAUGACAAGGAACUACUGGCAAUUAUAAAGGCAUUAGAGGAAUGGCUGAUUUUUCUAGAGGCAAUGAAUAAACCUAUCCAGGUAUUCACCAAUCAUAGAAACCUGGAAUAUUGGAUGCAGGCUUGCACAUUCAAUAGAAGACAUGCCAGAUGGAGAGUCUUCCUGAGCAAUUUCAACUUUGAGGUCCACUAUUGCCCAGGAAAACAAUCAGGCAAACCAGAUGCCCUCUCCCAAAGAUUGGAUUACCUAGACUCCAUUUCAGAACCAGAAGUGAUGCUCCCCCCAGAAGUCUUCAUCAACACAGGUACAUCAGAGGAAGUCUCAAUUGUUGACAAAAUCUGCUUACUACUUAAGGAAGAUCCAUCAAUAGAGCCCAUCAUCAGAUUCCUCACCAAAGACACCAACAAUGCACCACCAUCUGUCCAAAAGGCCAACCAAGACAAUGAUUGGGAGGAAGACCUGUUAUGGUAUUGCAGCAAAAUAGUGGUCCCCAACUCAGAACCAUUGAAGGAACAGUUGCUAAGGGAAUUUCAUGACUCCCCCCUUGCAGGUCACCCUGGUCAGCAAAGAACACUGGAGCUGCUCUCCCAAAGCUACUGGUGGCCUGGGAUGAAGUCAUCUGCCAAGGAAUGGGUGGAGUGCUGCCCAAUUUGCCAAGUCAACAGGAGAGUGCAAGCACCAGCCAGCACCCUGAAACCCUUAGAAGUACCACUGUAUCCCUUUCAUACCAUAUCAUACAACUUCAUCACAGGGCUCCCCAAGUCACAAGGGUACAAUGCUGUUACACCCUCUUGA